CUGAUAAACCAACAUACCUAUAAAAUGUAGUACAUCGUGAUUACACUUUUAUUCUGUUUAUAAUGUUUUAAAGAGGUACGAAGAACGCAGCACAAAACCGUCGUUUUUCCUGGUGGCUUGAUUGUGUUUCAUCAUUAUCUCUUCUGUAAAAGAAGAAAUAAGAAGGAUGAACAAAUCGCGCAUUAAGUGGUGGCCGCAAUAUUUAGCAGCGAUUACAGCCACCUUAUGUUUAGCAGCAGCUGGUACUCAGAUAGGGUGGACAUCACCGAUAUUGCCAAAAUUAAAAUCUCCAGACUCUCGUGUACCACUAACUUCGGAUGAUGCUUCAUGGAUUGCUUCGUUCUCUCUCCUCGGCUCAAUACCUAGCAUUAUCCUCUCAGGUUUCAUUGUAGAUCGACUUGGUCGUAAAACAAGCCUCCUGAUAGCUGGAAUACCACAUAUAAUUUCUUGGAUUUUAAUCAUCGUGGCUUGGAAUCCUUACGUCCUCUACUUAUCGAGAUUCAUAGGUGGCAUUGGACUUGGUAUAGGUUAUGUUAUUUGCCCAAUGUAUAUCGGUGAGAUCGCCGACAAGGAGAUUAGAGGAUCUUUAGGUUCUUUUAUCAAACUUAUGGUAACUUUUGGCGAAUUGUACGCUCACGCGAUUGGUCCAUUUGUGUCGUACGAAUGUUUGGCUUACAGCUGCGCUGUAAUUCCUAUAAUCUUUCUUUUAACAUACGGUUGGAUGCCAGAAUCUCCUUAUUAUUUAUUAAUGAAGAAUCGCGAGGAUAAAGCGAUGAAUAGUUUAAAACGGCUUAAAAGAUAUGCGACAGAAGAUCAAUUGGAAGAAGAUAUGGAACAAAUGCAGAAAACUAUGAUCAAAGAUCUCAGUGAUAGAGGAUAUAUUUGGGAUCUUUUCAACACUAAAGGUAACAGAAGAGCUAUGUUGAUCAGUUUUGGCCUUCAGUUAAUCUUGCAAUUCAGCGGUUUGGCUGCCAUAGAAUCUUAUACUCAAGAAAUUCUUGAGGAGGGUGACAGUACGAAUUUAUCAGCUGCAAUAGCAGUGAUCAUUUUAAGUGUUCUUCAGUUGGUAGCAGGUGUUGGUGCUGCAGCUCUGGUGGACAAAUUAGGAAGAAGACCGUUACUUCUCAUUAGUACAUUUCUUGGUGGAUUGUCUUUAACUGUUGCUGGAAUAUUUUAUCUUCUUAAACUUUACAUGCUGGUAGACAUAACUGGUUUUGGCUGGGUUCUUUAUGCCUCUAUUAUAUUUUACGAAUUAAUUAUCGCAUUAGGUUUGAAUCCAUUAGCCUAUAUGAUGCUCGGAGAAUUAUUUCCAACUAACGUUAAAGGGGCUGCUGUGUCUGCAGUAAACUUGUGGGCUUCUUUAUUAGCAUUCUUCGUUUCGAAAAUGUAUCAAGUUAUUUCCGACUUUUACGGUGUUUAUACUUCUUUCGGUUGGUUUGCGAUCAGUUGUUUUUUUGGAAUUAUUUUUAUACUCUUUAUGGUCCCAGAAACAAAAGGGAAAACUUUAUUAGAGAUACAAGAAGAAUUGAAUUGUAAACGAAAACAAGAGCGGAAAAUAAACAAGAAUAAACAAGAAGCCCACGUAAGUACGAUAGGUUAAGUCAGGUAUACGAUGGAACGAUAGUUUUGAUUUACAUUGAUAAAUUAAUUGAUGAUGAUUAAUAAGAUUCAUUGCUAUUUGACUUGUUAUGAACUGUUGAAAAUUAUUUUGAGAUCAAGAUUGAAUAAGUUUUCAGUAUAUUAUUUAACACUAGAAUUAUCAAGAGAGUUUUAAAUUUUGCAAUUAGUAAAAAUGUACAGAUUUUUAACAAAAUUUAUAUUUUCAUAUUAUAUUUAAUUAAAUUUAAUUAUUAUAUGUAAUCAUUUGUUUAUAAUAUAUUUAAAUAUAUAUAAAUUAAUGAUUCUAGUGUUAAAGAUAAUAUUUUUAUUCAAAAUUUAUAAUUUACAUUUCGAAUAUAAAAUCAAAUAUAUAAAAUAACAAGAGAAAUAAAAGAAAUUUAUUAAUUUUUAUUAUUUCAAGAUGCAAGAAAAUGUUAAUCUACAUUUUAUCAAUAAUACAUAAUUGAAAUCUUAUUAAAUUUUAAAAAUGAUUAAAGAAAACAAUGAACUAUCGUUCCAAAUAAAAAUUAAGAAUCUCUUAGAUAUUGUUUUCAAGAUAUAUCUCGAGCGUUUUCGAUGUUAAACUUGAAUUUUAAAAUUUAAUUCGAACAAAAUAUUGCUAAAUUUCAAUGAAAAGAAUUCUAUGGAUCGUUUUCUAUCGAAAUUUUACUUUUUCGAAAAACAUACUAUUGUAUAAAAAGUCGUUGUUAAUAUGAAAUUUUAUAUAUUAAUUUUAUUUUAAAUUUGUUUAAAUAUUAAAAAAUUUUUUAUUUAUUCAAAUCAAAGAACAAUUAUGAAAAAUAAUUAUGAAAAUUCGAAAAUUGUGACAAGAUUAACACCGAAACGUUAAAUUUUCUGAAAAAAUUAUAUUUUUUGUUUUAUUUUCUUUUUUUUUGUUAUUGUAAUUUAGAAUAUAAGACUUUGUUUCCUAAAAGAGGGCCCUUAUAUUCCAAAGAAACUUGCUUCGGAUGAAAUAUCAAGAUCGUUGAAAAAGAUACUUGAUUAAGAUUUCAUCGUUGAUCAAAAAAAGCAAGUUUGUGAAUUUCUUUAAUAAAUCAUUCACAUAAAAGCAAACAUGGAUAGAUUAAACAACAAAAAUAAAAACUCAUAUGUCAUAAAAACAAAGAAAGAGAGGAAAAUGUGAUAAGUAUGAUUUAAAAUAAAGACUUUGUACACAUUUAUUUUUUUUUUUUUAUCAUGUUCAUAUACAAUUUACAUGAACAUUUAUCAGUAUUUUCAACGACUGAUUAUUUACAUAAAUCGUAGGAAUUUUACGAUGAAAUCUUAGUCGAGAUAAUAACCGGAGCAAUUUCAAUGAAGAAGUACAAUACAAGAAUUUUUUUGUUAAUUUCUGGAAAUUAAUUCGAAAAUUCGAACAAGUUUCUAGAAAUUGUAUUGUAUUAUGAAUGUGUUAUUUAGGGUCCCAAUUGUGUAAAGAGCAAACUCGCAUGACCAUCUUUUCUUUCCCUUUUAGGCAGGGUUAAACGUUGAGACUGAUAGAUUUUAAAUUAAUCGUAAGCGUAUUUUUAUUCAUCGUCAAAUGAUAUCACAUUAUAACGAAAAAUUGAUAUAUUGCAAUGAAAGAUUUAUUUAAAUUUUUGCGAUAUUAUUCAAUCUGUAGAUUACUAUGAUAAAAUUAUAUAUUUAUGUAUACACGUUAAUAUAUUUGUGAAACAUCUUUGAAGAAUCGAUUCUAGAAAUCUUAUUAAGUUAUAAGCAACUUAACUUUGUGUUAGAUGAAAUGAAAUGCAGAGUAAGACAUCAUUAUUUCUGUUACAUCAUUAGCUUAUUCUGCCUUUGUUUUGCUUCAUUUAAUGAAAACUUAAAUCAUUUAUAAUUUAAUAAGUAAGCCUCAAUUGGUAUUUUUGUAUAUAAUAUCAACUUUUAUAUUUACAUUGAGGUCGUCUCUUCUAUAUUGCAAAAAUAUUUUAACACUAUAUAAAAUAUUCUUCUCAUAUUAUAAUAUCAUAAUAUCAUAUUAUAAUAUCAUGAAAAACAUUUAACAAAAUUAUUUCCAAUAUUUAUUUUAUAAUUUCAUACUUUUAAAUUACAAAGUUUUUUUAUACAGAAGGUCUCAUUUUAAUAAUUUUCUUAUAUUAUUUUUUUUUCUUGUAUCUACAUAUUAAUAUUUCAUCUAUGUAUUAGAGUAUUUAAGAUAUUGGAGUAAUCUACAGAUUAAAUAUAUAUUUAAUAAAUAUUUUGAAAUGUUCCUUGUGAUUAAUUUGGCGAUUAGGACCAUCUUUUAUCCCUUUCAGGCAGGGUGCAAGAUAAAUAAUUAAUAUAAUGAUUACGAUUAAACAUUAUCAAAGCGCGCCGCGUAUUAUCGCAAAUACAAAGAACCACGCGCAGUAAAUGGCCCUGAUACGAGAUGGAUUUAGAUUGAGCACCGUAGCAUGACUAACUUUAUUUAUCCCUUUUAGGCAGGGUGAAACAUAUUACUAUAAGAAUAGCUUCGGCGCAGAAUAUAAUCGGCCCGAUUAUAAUUAUAUAUUUCUUAUUAUUAACAUCGCUAAUGAACAGCUGAUAUUUUAUAUAUUUCGUUGGAUAUGGAAGAUGUGGUUUUAUGGAAAAAUAACGAAUAUGUAAUUGAACCGAUUAAUACUUGUGAAACAUAUUCGUUAAUCGAUUCAUUAAAAAUCGAAACAAUGUAACCACAUGUUAUGCAAAGUGUCUCGAAAGGAAACCUAAUACAGUAAAAUCCCUAUAUCUUAUUAUUGAUGUAUGUACUUACUGAUCGUAGUUCGAAAAAUGAAUAAUUUCUAUUUCUAUUUUUCGUUCAUCAGAAAAUUAUUAAAAUUUUGUUGAAAUUAUAAUAUUGAAAAUUUUUAUCAAUAUAAAAUGUUGAAAGAUUUUUAAAAGAAAAAAAAUUAAUCAAAAUUUUUUUUAAAUGAAUAAAAAACAUUUGCUAUUAUUUAAGGGUUUUACUGUAAUUUUAGAUACUAUCGAUUUGUUUGCCAAAUCAUUUGAGUGAAUACUAUCAUAUAUAUUAUAAAUUUUAAUUCAUUCAUUGACACCUUGUAUAUGAUCGAUUAAGUAUUGAUGAAAAUUAAUACUUAUCGAUAAUGUAAACAACGAAUUUAUAUAAUAUGAUGAAGCUUAAUGUACUUAUUGUAAAAUGGUUUUACUCUUAUUCUAAAAUAAGUAUUAUCCCUAUGUUUACGCAAUUGCAAUUACGACUCUCUACAAGUCCCUUUAAGGCAGGGUGCAAGACUCGAAAUGUAUAAUUUCAUAUAAAUUUCUACAAUGUAGACGUUUGCAAUUUACGUUAACAAUAAAUAUUAUUGAUUCAAUGUAA